GUCUCCUCUCGUAGUCGUUGGGUGGGUGUGUCGAGGAUUUGCCACUGCCGCCUGCGCCAGCUCGCCGCUGCUCGCAGUCGCUGGGCGGGCGCGUUGAGCUGCCCACCCACGAAGCCCAAGAGACGCCCCUGGGAAGGCCGCGCCGCCCCCCACCCCCGCUGCACGGCCGCGCGCGGGAGCAGCAGCGAUGGCCGCCGCCUCGGCGACCAGGGCCUCGAGGCGCCGCGCCGGGCGCGCGGCCUGGGCGGCGGCCGCCGCGGCCGCGUGCAUCCUGGGGCGGGGGCCGCCCUUUGCCGGCGCGCCAGGGCCGUCCGCGGGCGCGCCGCGGACGCAGACGCGCGCACGGGGAGGGCAGGUCCCCUCCCCUGACGCGCCCGCCGUGGCCUCGGGCGUCUUCGACCCCCCCACGGAGCGGCAGCUGUGGCUGGCCGGGAGGCUCGCGGGCCGCAUGGACUCCGAGCCGCCGAGCUCCGCGCUGCGGAGCGAGGAGGCCUGCAACGAGUACAUCAACGACAUGAUCAUGAUGCCGGAGCCAACCGAGAGGCAGCUGGCCCUGGCCGAGAGCCUCGCGGAGGAGGCCGGAGAGGAGAUGCCCGUGCCCGCACGCCGCAGCCAGGAGGCCUGCUCCGAGUUCAUCGACGGCAUGAUCGCCGUGCUCGGGCCUCGGCCACCGUCAGAGAAGCAGGUCGGCUUCGCGAGGGGGCUCGCGCAGGAGGCCGGCCUCGACCUGCCAGAGGGCGCGGAGCGCAUUUCCAACGUCUGCAGCGAGUUCAUCAACGAGCGGCUGGAGGAGCAGUACGCGCAGGGGCUGCGCCCGCCCACGCCCGCCCAGAUCGGCUUAGCGGAGAGACUCGCGGAGGAGGCUGACGUGAAGGUGCCCGAGGACGUGCGGGCAAGGCGCGACCACUGCAAGGAGUUUCUCGAUGGCAUGAUAGCCACUAGACCGCCAACGAAGAGGGACCUCCAGCAGGCCAAAUUCUUGACGCAGCGCCUGGGCGUCGAGCUCUCGGUGGAGGCGCUGACGAGGAAGGAUGCGUGCCGCAGGUGGAUCGAGGUGCUCGAAGAGUUCACACCCCCAACCAAGCCCAUGGCCGCUCUCGCGCGGAAGUUGGCAAAGGCAAAGAAUAUGCACUUGCCAGAGGAGGUGCUUGAUAAUCGAAGACUUUGUGCGGCCUUCAUCGAACAGCACGAGGAGGACACCGUCGUCGAGCCGACCGCCAAGCAGAUCCACUUCGGGGAGACACUUGCUAGGAGUGCAGGCGUUUCUGUGCCAGGAGAGGCAUAUGCCUGCCGCAAGGCCAUGUCGAAAUUCAUCGACAGGCUAACGAAAUAUGUUCGCUGAAAGUGGAGACCAGGAACGAAGCGCGCGGAAGCAAGAGGCGCACAUUCAUUGGACGAGCCGGGUUAGCUUUAUGACUCGUUUUGCGUGCGCGCCUGCCUGGAGCACCUGGGCAUGUUCGACCAGCAUCGAGAAGCGGGCGACGGGGCGAGCUUCUUGAGGCGCUGGUGACCUGAGCCGAUGACCGGGACCGUCAGGCAAUGCGAGCAUUGCUUGGUGAAGUCAGUCGGUUUCCAUGCGAAAACCAUGAACACAGCGCGACCCAGUCAGGGGUCCUCUUGCGAGCAACGCAAAGCAAUUCGAUGCAAAGUUUUGCGUGGUAUUGAACGCCGGUAGGGAAGGGCCCCGCACCCACCAGUAUCUUUCAUCAGAGAGGAAG